AAUCAUUAUCCUUUUUCUUUCUCUUUUAUUUGAAUCUAUCCAUGGAUUCAAAAUGGUCUUCACAUACAACUGGAAGGGGUCCUCGCAACUAUAAGUGUAUAUAUGACCCAGAACUAGACACUCAAGGCUUAAGAACAAGUUCUCAAGCUCAAUACGAGUAUGAGGGUGAUCGCGUCAUAACUCCCCGGGAUCCUCGACAAGACAAACAGUUGUAUGAGCGAGGGUUUAGUAAACAUCGAUAUGUUUAUAAAAGACACCUUCUUGAAGUGAAUUACAAGUUUGAUGAGCAUUCAGUUGGACCAAAGCCUCCUACGACAGUACUGGCAUCUGGUCUAUCUCCCUUAAUGACAGAAUCACAAAUCAUGACUUAUUUCUCAGUUUACGGUCAAGUAUCCAGCGUGGAAAUUGUCAAAUGUGUUACCACAGGUGGUUCUUUGGGUAUUGCUCAUGUUUCAUUUACUUCUGACGAAUUAAACGAUGGUCAUGCAGCAGCUUGUCUUGCUGUUGAAAAGGGUAAUGGACGUCAAAUGGGCUCAGCUGAACAUGUCAAAGUAUGCUUUGAUGCAACAGGCGAGAAAUUAAAAUUGGCUGUUGCAGAUGCUUCUAAUACAGACCCCAAAAAGGGAACAUCCAAUCACACAUCUACCACACCACAGCAUAAAUCUCGACAUGAUUCAUAUCAUAGUGAAUUGAAUGAAUGGGAUCGAUAUGAUGCUCGUCGCUAUGCCCGUUAUUCUCCCCGUGAUGAUUACUAUCGAUCUUCGUACAAUGGCAGCAGCAGGGACUAUUAUGACGACUACAAAUACAGAGAUGAACGGCCCUCUUCUCGAUACCAUCCACCACCACCACCACCUCAUUAUGCUCGUUAUCGUCCUCAUAUGGACUCACCUCAUCACCGUCCUUCACGCUGGAAUCGUAGUCCAAGUAUGAGUUCGCAUGAUUCACGGUACAAAAGUAGAAGCAGAAGUCGAAGUCGAAGUAUAGACAGAAACUAUUAUCCAAGAUGGGAAAAUGAAUCAGAAUGGCGUCAUGGAAGCAAUAGACGAAAACAAAGCGAUUAUUGGGAUAGGCCACCUUAUGAAGAAAAGUCAACGACUUCAACAAGGCCUAUUUUAGCCAUUUCAAGGAAAUGUUUACCGUUUGUCAGAGGCGUCUUGGAAGACUUAAGAAAGUUGUUUUAUUAUUACAAUUGUGUUGAUAUUUACCAUGAUGAAGCAGACUGGUUAAUUGUGUUUGACUCACUGACAAUAGCAAAAAAGGCACUGGAUGCAACCAACGAUCAACAAGUGAUGGGAUAUAAACUCUACAUUACACUUCGACAUCCAUCUGUAAAUAAUACGUUAGACACCAUAGAGAAAUCAACGUUAAAUAUACCUAAAGAGCCUCAAACAAAUGGACAUUCGACUGUAGAACCACCCAUUUCUGCACACGAUUUGUUCUUUAAGCAAUUAGCAGACGUCUUUUUGAAAGAUUUGAAGAAUCGUAUCGCAGGCCCGUUUAUUCAUGAUUAUCACAAGACAAAUCGAUCUAGCAAAAAGAUUGAAAUUAAAGCGACUGUAGAAGAAGAAUUGCCUGGAACACAAGUGAUUGAAUCUAUCUUGAAUACUAGCAAACUGCCACGAUUUAAAAAGAAAAAAGCCAAAUAUACAACAUUUCCAGAAGAAAGUGAAGAGGACGAAGAGGAAGCAGAAGAGAAUGGAAAAGAAUCUACUUUAGAACUUCCUCAAGAACAACCCAAAGAGCAAGAUGAUGCACCUAUGUUUUCAAGUUCUGAAGAAGGAGAAUAUCAUUCAGGCAUGGAAGAUGAAGAAGAAGAGGAGGAACAAGUCGAAUCUAAUACAGAAAAGAAUCGCCCACGACGUCUUCGAGACUAUCUCAGUGAUGACAGUAGCGUGGAUGAACACGACGCCUUUUUGAAGCAGUUGCAACAAGAACAAGACGAUGUACAAAUGGAAGAAAUGAAUGGAUUAGAUCAAGAUGAUUUUGUAGAACAUGAUAUCUCACAACGCAAACGAAAACGAGCGCUUACAAAGAAAGCAAAUAAAAAGUUGAAGCGGGCUUUAAGUGACGAUGAUACCAGUGAAUACUAUGAUUCACCCAAGAAGCAAAAGAAACAAACGAUAAAGAAAAGAAAGACCAAACUGGCCAGACCACCAUUACCAGAACGUAUUUAUGAAGUUAUUGAAGAAGAUUUGUCCAAGUACAGCAGUAUAGAAGAAGAGGAAGAAGAAGAGGUAGUAGAAGAAAUAGUGGAUCAAGCAACCAUUGAGCAAGAAUUAUUGGCUUCAGAUUCUUCAGAUUCAGAGGAAUUGACUGAAUUGCCUGAAAAGAGUAAUGAACCUCCAGAAUGGGAUCCAUUUAAUCAAAUCAGUGAUCCUGAAGAUUACUGGUUCUUGAGAGCUGUUUUUCUGGAAAAAGCAGGCAUCUCAUUAGAAGAACCAGUGACAAAUGUUAUUAGAGGAGGAUGUGCCCGUGCCCAGGGCUAUUACAAGAUCCCAGAUGCCAUGAAGGCUACUUAUUUACCAAGAAACAAAGCAGUCAUUGAUAUUCCUUCAGACACAACACGUAUUUCAUCGCGUGCAACCCGCGUUAAUAAUCGACGAUUAGUUGUGGGCAUGGAAAUGCAGAAAAAAACAAUUGAUUCAGAUAUUCUUAAAUUCAAUCAAUUACAGAGUCGAAAGAAACAAUUACGGUUUGCCAAAUCACCUAUUCACGACUGGGGACUGUAUGCAGAAGAACAUAUUGAUGCAAAUGAUAUGGUCAUUGAAUACGUGGGUGAAAUGAUUCGACAGCAAGUGGCAGAAGAGCGUGAAAAGAAAUAUGAACGAUGUGGUAUUGGUAGUAGUUAUUUGUUUCGUGUGGAUGAUGAUACAGUGAUCGAUGCUACAAAAUGUGGAAAUGUGGCUCGUUUUAUCAACCAUUGCUGUGCACCUAAUUGUAGUGCCAAGAUUAUUACUGUAGAUAAACAAAAAAAGAUUGUUAUUUAUGCAAAUCGAGAUAUUGAACCUGGUGAAGAAAUUACAUAUGACUACAAGUUUCCUAUUGAAGCAGAUAAGAUACCUUGUCUUUGCGGUAGCAAGUAUUGUAAGGGAACGCUUAAUUAAUACCAUUUUGUUGUCCUUCUUGUAUAAAAUAGAUUUUUCACUUGCCAUAUAGUUGCAUAUAUACACACGCCUUUUCUUUAAGAAGGCAAUCUAACUCAAUAAAGUACUACUUGUCAGAUACUAGGCAC